CCCGAAGCGAGGAGCGAAGAGGAGGCAGAAACUCACCGGCAUCGGGGCGACUGUCUCCAACAAAGCCUGCCAUAACCCAGAAGUAAAUAAGAGAGCAGGUAUCUCUCUCCAGCUACUGAGCGAGCAGACUCCGUGUUAUCAUCCAGUGUGUCGCAGACAAGAAGCGCAGAUGGACACCAGAAACACCACGGAAGAAAAACCUGUCCAGCGAUCUAAGUCCUUCAGCUUUACUGCUCAAAAGGAAGUGUGCGCAUCAUGUGGGAAGACAGUCUACCCAAUGGAGAAACUGGUUGCAAACAACCUUGUCUUCCAUUCAACAUGUUUCUGCUGCAAGCACUGCAAUGCCAAACUCAGCCUUGGCAGCUUUGCAGCUCUUCAAGGCGAAUUUUACUGCAAACCCCACUUCCAACAGCUGUUCAAGAGCAAAGGAAACUAUGAUGAGGGCUUCGGACGCAAGCAGCACAAAGAGCUCUGGGCCUCCAAGGAAUCAGAUAGUAUAACAAAGACGCCAUAAUCGUGUCUGCCUUUGUCCCGUCGCAGACCUGCCUCUUCUAUUCCCUUCUCCUAACACCUCCAAUGCAUCACGAUGAACACAUGCCUCAUAAACUGGGGCACUGUUAAAUCACCCACACACUCACUUGCUUUUUAAAUGCCAUCAAAACAAAUACAUGCACAGACAACUAGAAAAUUACUGGACAGUCAUGAUACAUACCAUUUAACAGUAAUUUCGAUUAUAAUUUGUUAAUUUCCUAAAUGUAUUUUUCCAAUUUCCUGUUUGAAAUUGGUAGUUGAUUGUGACCAAAAGCCUUCUCUAGUGUGGUGAGUGUAAUAGUAAACAGUUUUAUUUUUUGAUUAGUUUUAAUUAAUUGCACCCUUUUAUUUUUUAGAAAUAAGUAAACUGUAUGCUCAGGCAAACAUAUCUGAGGGUUUAGAGAGCAUCACAUGUUUUGUGUUAGUGCAUACACUCAGGUCAGUUUUAACCCGAGGGUUUAAAGAAAACGUAUCAGAUUUUAUCACUCAUAGUAAAAACACGCAAAUCAAAAUUAAAAAUUCCUCAGUAUUAUGAUUGUGCUGUCAGACAGGUUUGACAGGUUUCAUAUAUUUGAGGAACAAACAGGGUACAAUGUACUGUAAAAUAACCGUGCACAUUAGCAACAGCUCACCUCUUGUGUUUAAAUUUUUGUUAGUGUUAGUUUUAUUAUUGCUCACUUCAUCACAUGGUUCUUCCUUAUUUUAAUGACCACAUUGAGUCUUAUCCUUGCAGUUGGUAUGACUGGGUCUUAAUAGCCUUAUCUUAUGACUGUAUUGAUCUUUUGUUACUUUCAUUUGUUUCACUGGCAUAGCAGUUCUCUUUUUAAAAUUUUUAGAAAUGCUUGAGUUUAGAUUUGAUUGAUGUCAUGGCAUAAGUUGAUCACUGAGCUUUUUAUGGUUAAGAUUUUAAUGGAUUUUUCAGAUUGUGUUUUGUAUACUGUCUGUAUACUAGCUGUAGUUUGUGAUUAGUAGACAUUCCCCACCAGACCGUACCCUCGUCUUGCACAUAAAACUAUAUGUGAUCACCAGACAAGAUGUUUAAUAACGACAGGGAAGUUGGGGCUUAGUAUGUAAACAUCACUCUGUUCUAUGAAACAUUUUAAGAGGAACUGUAAACAUCUGGUUAAAUUGAUUACUGCAUGUAUGCUGUAAAUGAGGGUGUUGAUGGACAGAGCUUAAGCCUCACACUUGUGUUGCUUCAUCAUUUCAUGCUUGUCAGAUGUUGUCUUGUGAUGACGUUUUCAAUGCUGUAUUAGAGUGUGUUCAUAUAACUGAAUAGUUUUCUGUUUUUUUUUUCAUGGGGACAUAUACAUCCAGUCACUGUGUCAUGAACCCCUAAGUCCUUUUUCAAUUAAUGCCUUCUUGUUUUUAUCUCCUGUCUUAUUUGCUAACUGCAGCUAAGCAACUGGACCUAUUUUUUAAUAUAAAUUUUACAAUAGAUGGAUGGAGAGUUUGUCACCCUGGGCACACUGAUGUGUGGCUGCAUGCAGUUUGUAAAACCCAGUGUAGAGCACCCCCUGCUGGGGAAAGUGUGACAGUAGUGUCUGGCGUGAGAGGAUGAUACUGUUAGUUUCUCGAACAACAGUAAGUUUUGGAGUAUGCUGGCUCAUUCAGCAGUAUAGCUGCUGAGCAACCGCUUCUUUUAAUCUUAUUUAAUUGCAACAUGUAAGAAAAAUUAAUUCAAGUUAGAUUUCCAUGGCUGUAUUUCAGUCUAUACAAAGAAUUUCUCAAAAGCCAUUAAAUUAUCUAAUUUUAUAAAAUGUCUGAGCACCACUGACACUUGAAUGGCACAAAGUACUUUUUGUGACUGAAGGUUUACUGUGAAUUUGAGCUUGCUGUGCAGAAUAGGAAGCGAAAAAGAUAGAAUUUUUUUAAGAGAAGCCUUAGAAAACGAAGAGCUGACCUUAUUGCUUUUUCAAAAGACCUUUGAGUGCACAAAUCUUUACAAUAAAAUCUUGUGAUCAUUCCUUUGCAAAAACAGAGCCGGUCAUUGUAGAGUCCCACUCUUUAACAUAGGAUUACUUCACACAACCAGCAAUCGUUUUUCUUUUCCUUCCUAAACGUUUUUAUUCACAUGUACAAUAAUUCAAAUUCUACUGUGUGUGAACAUGUAUGUUUUCUUUAUGUCAUUUAAAAAUGGUCCUCUGGAUCCCAGAGAAUGCUUUAAAAAUCAAGAGAAUUGUAUCUAAAAAUGCUGUUUGUCAUUCUCUGUUAGCAGUUCGCCAAGGUACAACUGCAAAAUCUGUGAACUGCAAUGUCUAAAGUCUAAUAGAGCAGACAAGGUACACUUUACACUGGUGCCACAAGGCUCAGGUGAAUGAUUGCAGUGUGACGUUUUAAUGUUAAAUCUGUGAGUCAUUUCAUUUCUGUGCUAAACUUAAUGUGGAAUUACUUUUUUAUUGCUGUUGUCAUCGAGACAUUUUAAAUGUAUGCAUCUUUGAAAGUGUAUUAAAUAUUACAGACAUGACCUGUGGAUUGAGGUGGCCUUACAGCAAAAGGAUGCUUGGACUGUUUGCAGUCUUUCUCCUCUCUUCCUCUUCCUCUCUCUUGCUUAGUUAUGGUAUGGAACAUUUUAAAAUGUGAGAGCCCUCUUUCUACGCCAAUAAACACAAUCAUUUGUGCAUAAUUUUGUUUUUAUUUUUUUUACGUGCUUUUGGAGAAAAAAAUUAAAACGCUGGUGUUGAUUUAAGACAUUGA